AUGUCCGAGGGCCUCACGCGUCGCCGUGGCGCCGGGGCCUCGUCCGCCGCGCCUUCAACAGCAGGCGAUUCGGCGCCGCCAUCGCGUCCCAAGUCGCAACAGACGACCGGCUCGUCCGUCGAGGGCGGCAGAGGCAAGAUUGCAUACGACCCGCGCGACCUCAACGACGAGGACGAGACCAAGGAAGCGCCUCGUCUCACCCUGAUGGAGGAAGUGCUUCUCCUUGGACUCAAGAACAAGGAGGGCUACCUCUCUUUCUGGAACGACAACAUCUCGUACGCACUGCGCGGGUGCAUUCUUAUCGAGCUCGCGCUGCGCCGGCGGAUAGCCAUGGUGCGCGACCCGUCGCGGCGUCGCCUUGCCUUAGCCGACCGCCUUAUCGAGGUGAUCGAUGAGCGCCAGACAGGAGAGACUAUCCUCGACGAAGCGCUCAAGAUGAUCAAGUCGAGCGAAAAGUAUGGCGCAGGCGCAUGGGUGGACCUGAUGAGCGGCGAGACGUGGAACGUCAUGAAGAUCGGAUACCAGCUGAAGCAGGUGCGCGAGCGUCUGGCCAAGGGGCUGGUUGACAAGGGCAUCUUGCGAACUGAGAAGCGCAACUUUUUGUUGUUUGACAUGGCGACCCACCCUAUCGCUGACAUGAAUGCCAAGGAGGACGUUGUGCGCCGGUGUCUUGCCCUUCUGACUGCACGCACUACCGCGGUCCCGCCCCAGGCUCUGCAGAAGGAGAAUGUCAAGUACCGCUACAUGCGCGCCGUGUCGUUGGUCUGCGCUGCGUACGCGUCGAGUGUGCUCGAGAACGCCCUGCAGCGCCUGUCGUAUGACGCGCGCGAGGCGGCCUUUGUGCGGUGCGACGAGAUCCUCGCAGAGUUCUCGACAUGGCCCUUUGGGAUCGGCACGUCUUCUGAAGCCGGACCAGUGCAGGUCGGCAGCGGCAGUGCGCGCCGCCGUGCGGGUGGUAGCGGGAUCGGCCGCGAGAGUGUCCAGGAGCUGGUCCGCGAAGUCCGGAAAGAGAUGGCCGAGAGUGCUGGUGGGGCGGGUUCUGGCGGUGCCGCCGAGGACCAGGAGGAGCUGUGCUUUGAGGUCGUUGCGACUGUCCUCGAGAUCUUUGGGCGGAUGGACAGCCUGCUCUAA